CAAGGGAGCAGGUGCCAUGAUAGCAAUCUCCCUUCUUUUCCACACAAUGCGAAACGCCUGGUGUGAGAGGCCGGCGAUGCUUUCUCUAAAAACGGGAGUGACCGCCUUAGUUGUCGUUCUUCUUGUUUUUGACAGGGCUCAGAAAAGAUGUCCGAAAGGUCAGGAAUUCAAGAGGCGAAAACUGUGCCCUCGCUGCGAUAGCUGCUGAUGCGCCCAUUAAAUUUCACCCCGUGACGCCGCUGCGGGUGCAGCUCCUCCUUGCUGCGGCCUCGCGCGAUGAGGGGGGCGCUCGGCCGGAGAGAGCACGCCAGCCUCAGGGCCCGGCGGUGGCGGCGAAGGUCUUCUUCCUCCUCCGACGCCGGUGGCCGGGCCGCUUCCCCCUCAAGGUGACCGCGCCGAGUCCUCCCGCGCCGCAGAGGGCGCUGCCUCCCUCCGUGUGACUCGGGGCGUCUCUGGCUCGCAGCUUCUUGCUCAUCAUCCGGGUGGCCGCGGCGCAGACUGACUGGAGCCCCGCUUCUCCUCCUCCUCCGGCCGGGACAAGACGUAGCGGGCGAGGGCAGCCGGGCCUUGUGCCGGGCCCUGACUGAAGCAGCGGGCGGUGGGCAGCGGGGCUCGCGAGCCGCAUGAGUGGAUGGAGCCGGGCUCUGGGCUGCAGCGGCGGGGGCCGGGGCUCGGCGGCGGCGGCGGCGGCGGGCUGGGCUCGGCCGGCGGCUCCCCUGCGCUCUCGGGGCCUCAGGGCCGCCGCAGGAAGCAGCCGCCGCGCCCGGCCGACUUCAAGCUGCAGGUGAUCAUCAUCGGCUCGCGGGGCGUCGGCAAGACCAGCCUGAUGGAGCGCUUCACGGACGACACCUUCUGCGAGGCCUGCAAGUCCACCGUAGGUACGGUGAGGCCCGUCGGCGGGGCCGAGGGGGAGGGCGAGGAGAGGGGACUUCCAGGGGUAGCGGGGGCGUCGUGGGGAGGGUGGAGUGGGGCGUUACAAAUCUUAUUUUAAAAAUUAGGGUUGCUCUCUAAGCCUGGGUCUUAGAUUCGUUCUUGGGACUCUCUGGGGUUCCUUAACCCACCCCAUUUCCUCACCCCGUUGAUUGUGAAGACGCCUCUUAAAACACCCGGGCCGCAUCCAUAACUUUGCGGUCCGUGUGAAAUCCCUGUUUCCUUCGAAACUGCAAGCAGCCCCGUAGUAAGGUUGGGCUGGGAAAUACAAUGCUGCUAUUGUUUGUUCAGGUGAAGCUCUCUCUCUCUCUCAUCCUUUAGGGAUGAAGUGCUCUCUCCUUUUCUCUCAGGGCGGGGAGUGAAUAGUCUUUUCCUGCCCUUUACUGGGAUGACAAAGAUAAACUUGUAUUAUUAAAACUACCUCCAGUUAGAUUUGCCUGAGAAGGGAUACACUAAUUUAGUGUACCUGUGUGUAGAGACUCAGGCACUGGGCACAUUCUAUUUGCGUUGCUGGAGCAAAGUUAUUUUGCUAGAAUGCUAAAGUGAUGAGGGAGGAAGAAGUAUCCCAUCAUCAGAUUAAUUUAUUGCUAGUGGCUUCUCAGUUCGGGGAGUGCUUAAUUAUUAGAAAAUGUUUAUCUGUUUUCACUCAUGACAUUGCUGUUUUGUUGAUCUGAUGUGAGAGUCUUUGUUUAUUACCCAGGAUCUGCCCCAACCCAGGGUGAUAGGGGAGACUCUUCCCUUUCAUUUGAGAUGAAAGUAACUCUGAUUAUACAGUGUUACCUCAUCUCUCCAACACCUUCUUAGUGGUGGUAAACAAAAGCUAAAUAUAUGACAGUAAUAGCAAGACAGUCUCCUUCAGUGGUAACUGCAUUGCUAUUAGUCCACAAACAAUCCUUCAGUUAGUUAGUUCAACUACUUUUUAUGGAAACUCUUGAUAGUUAUUAUUUCACAGAAUUGGCCCCAGUGUGAACACACCUAUAAAGUAGUUCAGUGUUUUCCAAAGUGUAGUAUCCCCGGGGGCAGCAGUCAGGGAUGAUGGGAAUGGUAGUCCAACAACAUCUAGGAACCCAAGGUUGAGAGAGGCUGCUGUACAUAGUACUAAGCUAGAUAGAUAAAUGGUCUGACCUUGUAUAAGGCAGCUUCCAGGUCUACACUAACAAGCAGUGACUCUCCAGGGUUUCGGACAACAGACAUUCUUAGCACUAUCUGGAUAUAUCGGAGAUUAAACUUGGGACCUCCUGUGUGAAAAGCAAAUGUUUUACUAUUGAACUUGAGCUGUUCUCCUUGUGGAACAUAAAAUGUCUAAUAUGCUAUAGCUGGACAUCUAACAGUUACAAAGGAAAAACUUAAAAGUAGUUUCUUGGCUGUUAAGAUGGCUGGUACAAUCUUUAUUAAAUCUUCGGCAAUGCUACUUAAAUCCACCUGCAUCCUUUAUUAAGCUUUAUUGACUUACAGUGCUACAAUCUUGCAGCAGUUAAAUCUCCUUGAUUAGUGAGGUUAUUCAUUGUGUGAAUGCUUAUAGCAGGGAAGGGAACCUAUGUCCCUAACUUUUGCUGGACUCCAGCUCCUAUCAGUCCCAGCCAGCAUAGCCAGCAAGAGCUUCAGGGCCACAAGUUCCCCACCCCUGGUUUAUAGGGUUGUCCAGUGCCUUGAGUUCUAAAGAACCCCUGGUAUUCUACUAAACUUAUGACAUGAAUUGGUAUUCUCCUUAUCAUUGUGGUGUAAUGUUUAAAUAGGGAUAAGCAGAGCUUUAAGUUCAUUUUCUAGCUCCUGCAUGUCCAAACAAAUUAAAUGCUAAAUAGCUUCAGCUAUAAGAUACUGUUCUGUGCAUAUUACAUUAAUGUUAACGUAUGGCACUCUGGUUCUAAAAUUCCCUUGUGGGAGUUUUCUCUGUUCAUUUUGUCAACCAAAGGAAUAUCUCCAUUUAAUAUAGGAUUUGUUUGUAAUUUAAACAACAAUUAAUUGCAAUAAGAUGUUGUAAUUACUGAUUACUUACAAUUCAGUUCUAUGUAUGUUUACUCCUUAGUAAGCCCUAUUAGGUUCAAUGGGAGUAAUUUCUAGGUGAAUACAGGAUUGCAGUCUUAGUUACAUAUAAUAGUAACUUACUAGCCACAACAUGUGUGCUAAUUUUAGAAACUGGAAGCAAGGAUUGCAGAAGUCAGUGCAUGGUGACUGAUAAUCACAGAACAGGACAUGGGACUUCUGGUUUGGGCUGUUAACCCAAUUGUUUCUUAAAGUAAAAAUGUGUGAGAUAUCCCCCAGAAUCUGGAGUACAGCAAUCACUCAUUUCCUCUGUGCUCCUUGCUGGGUCAUAUGAAGCCAGAAGUUUCACGUAUAAACCAUGUUUCUGUAAAUUUCUAAUCGGAUACAUGUACAUAGGUGUGUAUUGUGGGAUAAACCAGUGUAGGUGUUCUCCAAAGCAGCCAUACCAUGUAGAGAAUUUAGAAAACAUUUAUAAUGAUUUUACAGAAACUCUGAAAGUAAAACAUAACUACCAGGGAUAACUACCACUAUAUCUUAAUUUUACGACAUUUCUGAGUCACCUUACCACAACACUCAAAAUGGCUUAUAGACAAAAAAUACACUUGUUCUGCUGGCUUUUUUCCAUUUCCAUUUCAAUCAACUAAAAAUAGCAAGUGGUUCACAAAAAAAGCCAGACAUUUAUCUGAAACAAAAAGAUCUUAUAAAGAAGAGCGCCUCCUAACAUCUUCAGGUGAAGCAUUCCCUCUUCCUUGAAGUUCUGGGUGAGGUCAAAGACUAUGCAGUAAUUUUAAUAACUAAGAAAUUAGCUGUUUACCAAGUCAGAACCCAGGGCCACACUGACUCCUGACAAUUGUUUCUGAAUAAGCAGUCAACCAAUUAUUUAAGGCACCUUGCUUUAAGUGUAUUAUAUACAUAUUGCACCAUGGAAAGGACUGAACAGCCUUUAUUCAAAAUGGAGCCAUCUGUGAGAUUUAAUAAAAUGAAAAAUGAACUAAUGGGUAGAGCUAAGUUUAGUAGAUGAGUGUUCGUUUGGUAAUGAGAGAGAUCAGCUGUCAAGCUGUAAACAGCUGAAAUAGGAUCGGAAGAAUCAAAACAAGUAGGCUUUUUUUAAUGUCAUUUUAAGAUUGAAACUUUACUUCUGACUCUGGACUAUAACCUUUUGCUCUGUGUUAUGUUUGAGAUUGUGAGUGUGUUUGAGUUGUGAAAAAUAUAAGAGAGAAAGUUAAAAAGUUAGAGGAUUUGAAAUAUUUCUCUUUUCUCUCUCCUUUCCCUACCACUUCCCAAUUGACUAGCUUGGGACAUAAAAUUUAAUGAAUCCCCCCCCCCCCAUGAUAUCAGUUUUAAAUAACCUAAUUUUCAAGUCUAGUUUCUAAAAUAAAAAAGUUAUGCAGGAGUAAAUUUAUUGUUUAUUUAUUAAAUUUCUAUACCACCCUUCAUCUGAGGGUCACAUGGUGGUUUACAGUAUAAAAACAGAAAAGUCAUUGUGCUACGUGCAAUGAAAUGUGUAUAAUGGAAGCUGAUAUACCUAUAUACAUACUUCACCAAUGUCAGUGGCGUAGCAACCCCCUGCUGACGACCGGGGUGGAACUUUUUAAAAUAUUCCUUUAAGUAGAGGUUGGACAAGUUUAAUUUCUCUAGCUAUAUCCCCACACUAGAUAACAAGGCUGAAGCAAACAGAGCUAUUAAGAUGCAAUAACUGAUAGGGAUCCUUUUUUUAAAAAAACAGAACUUCUGGUGGUUCCUAGAAAAUACUUGAGUAAUUAAAAAAAAAAAACCAACCCAACCUUUCCCCUUGUUGAAAAUAUUUUUGGUGGUAGCAUACUAGAUAAAUUCAUGUGGAGGGCUUAUAAGAAAUAUCUGUUCUUUGUCUCCCCCUUGCCUCUUUAAGUGGUACAAGUCCACCUUCUUAAGUUACUUAAAUAUGAACAGGUACUAAAUUAAACUAAAUCAUACCUGUGUUGCUUUUACUGCUUAUUCCUCCUUUUUUGUUUACUGUAUUUUAUUUAUAGGUGUUGAUUUUAAAAUCAAAACAGUAGAGCUAAGAGGAAAGAAAAUUAGAUUACAAAUCUGGUAAGUAAAAAUAACAACCAAAACCAGGAGAAUGUUUUAAAGUUUUGUGUUCUAGCAUGGUUUUAAUAUGCUUGUCUAAUAUGAUUAACUGUUAUAAGAUGACUUAGCUUUAAUAUACCUACUGCUCCUUUCCCUUUCCCUCACACAGCUAUAGCAAUAGGUAUCAAAUUCAUAAGGUAAUCUUUUGGGGGAGGAAUCAAGUGAUGUACCCUACAACUUUUAUUUAAGCAUUUUUAUGUUGUUAUUCAGUUGAAAAGGCUCCCAGAGCAGCUUAUAUAAGGUCAAUGAGAAGAAGACAGUCUAUUUUAAUAUUUUCAGUAUGCAUUUCUAACAAGAACCACCAGUGUGUUUUUUUGGCUCUUUCAUUAAAUAAUUUCCUAUACUUUUUAUUAGCUUCACAUACACCAGAUUUUUGUCUUUUGGCAUGUCAAAUCAUUAUACAGUCUUAAAAAUGGCAUGUUACUUUAAAAGUGCUUAGGGCUGCGGAAGUCCAUGGCAUUUGGAGAUCUUGGUGCUUAAAUAUUUGAUUCAGACAUCACCAAAAUUGAAAUGAGGAAAAUUAGGCUUGCUCUAAAGACCAUUAGUGAUACUAAUGAAAAAUAUAUGUAUGAAAACAGGGUUAUAUACUGCUUUAAGAUCCAGUGAAUGAGAGAUAAUUGUUCAGAAGUAGUUUCUGUGCUAUAAAAGUAUACAUAGUGUGGUACAAAUUGCUGUUGUGAUAAAAUAAACCACCUAUGCUUAACAGUCCUAAUCCUGUAAGAUUGCUAAUGGCUUUAGCCUAGUGUAUUAAUAAUACUUCAUGCGUUAGAGAUAACUUACUAGAUUUGCUAAUAACUUGUAGUAGAAAAAUUAGACUGUGGCUGUUCAGAUGGCAACACUGAUCUAAUCUGAUAGUAUUUAACUCUUGCAUAGAUGCAGUGAAUUCAGUUUACUAACUCCUCUUGGCAGGUCACCAUCAGCUCUGUUUGUCGCACCAUGUGUUUGUCUUGCUUCCAUCUGAGUUAUUUGCUGUUGCAUCUUUCGUAUCAUCUGUUACCUAAUACUUGAAAGUUACUGGCAUGACUUCAUUCCUCAUCUGUGUCCCCAUCUGGAAUCCUAUGGCCACAGAAUGGUACUUGAGCCAGCAUGAUGUUUAGCCAGGGCCUACUGAAGCCGAUACGAGGUAAUGUAGUAUUUCAAUGUGCCAAUAUCUUUGGGUGUGAAAAUAAUCAUUACUGCAACCUCCUUAGAUUCAGUGUUUUUUAAAAAAAGUAAAAAUCCUGAAAGGACAUAUGAAAUUCUUCCCUAAGUAAAAUUAAGGUCAUCCUAUUUAUUUCAAUGAGUGUUCGUCACAUGUAGCUAUGUACUUGGAUGCCUAACAGGAGCCAAUUGUUCUGACAUUGAUUAUUCUCCAUAAAUUGAGAUUAAUUAAAAAAAACCCUUCAAAAGGAUGUUACUUAACAGAUUAGCACUCCAUGGAGAUUGUGAUGCAUCAAAGAUUUCCUACGUUUUAAGUAAGCAAAAAUAUUUAUUAACGAUUUUAUUCCUACCAAGGAGUACUUUGUGCACUCUUAUGCACACAGAGCUUUUGCACACUAUAUUUGUUGGAGAAAGCAAAUGAACACAGAUUGUGCAAUGGUCUGCUGCGUCCGGUGGAAUGAAUGGGGAAACUCUUAGAGUCAGAGUGUUUCACACCUAUAUAAAUAUAUUGGAUUGGUUAUUUGUAAGAUUUUUUGAGUCAAGAUAAAUCUAGAGUUCAAUUCCUGAUGAAAGGUUAAAGGGAGUUGGACAUGUUUAGCCCAAAGAAGAGAUUGCUAAGAAGUGACACGUUAGCCUUCUUCAAAUAUUUGAAGAGCUGUUACAUAGAUGAUGGAGAAGAAAUAUUUUCUGUUGCUCCAGGGGGAAGGACCCUAGGACUUGAACCAGUUAGUUCAGUUUAGGAGAAAUGGAUUUUUUUCAAAUAUUAGGAAGUACUUACUGACAAUACAAACAGUUUGACAGUGAAACAGGCUGCCUUGGAAGAUAGCAAACUCUGCUUUGUUAGACUUCUUCAACAGAGGCUAAAUACCCACGUUUCUGGGGUGCUAUGGUAGUGAAUUUCCUGCAUAAGUAGGGGAAUGACUUUUGAAAUCUCUUUCAGAUGUAAAAUUCCUAUAAAUUACAUUAUUGACAAUUAAAAUGUUGCUUUAUUGGCUACUAUACAAAUGUAGCAUAACGUUUAUUCAUUUUACUCUAAUUUUAAUUUUUGUUUGAUCUCAGCAUCUUUCAACAACAAACAUUUGCCAUUAUAAUAAUCUCAUUGUCUUCAUCCCCCCCCCCUCAAAACCCCAGGGAGUCAUAGACCUAUUUAAAAUUAGUUGUUAGCAUUGCCUAGCUUUUCUAAGAACUUAAAUCAGCUGUUGGGAUCAUGCAGAAGCUUUAAAAGAAUCCAUGCUGCCAUGCUUAUGUUCUCGUUGCUAUAAAAACAAACAUGGCACUUCUACAUCUUGACUAUUUCUCAGAUUGUUUCAGUUUUGAUUAUCUAAUUGAACACUACUUGAAAAAAUGAACUUGUACUUUCUCUUCAGCAUUUGGGAAAUUCACAAAUUUUGAAUAUAAGGGCCACUUCAAAGAUGACCUUUUCCUAUGCCAUUGGAACUUCUAUAGGAAAUGUUGUGGAAAGUAUAUGUAGUAUGAAUUGUUGUGUGCAAGUUUGCUUUUGUGCAUGCAUUAUCCUUGUAGGAAAAUAAUCCAUUUGAAGUGGCCCUGUGUCUAUAGCUGGAUGUCUAAAGUUUGGUGUCUCCUUUCCUGUUUCCCUUUGUCACAAAAUACUGAUGCCACAAAGUCUAGAGUUAAAGUGUGUGUUCAAGUGUUUUCAUUUACAUUUUAAGCAUGCCCACAUAUUUUUAAAGCUUUUUGUGAGAUAUUCAUUUCCCAUGUCAUUCCUUCAGGGUAUAUCUAGGAGUUAGAUGUUCUCUGCUAAGUGUACAUCAAGACAAUGUGUCAUUUACAUUGGGAAUGGUAGUGUUGGCAUGCAUGUUGCCCAUGUUGACAUCCUACAUUCAUGUUUUUCCUUCAAUUUGAAGUGCUCAAGUGGAGUUCAGUGAUUAUUCCUUUUUGUACAUGCAAAUUGUGAAAUAUAUAUGAAACUUUUAAGUGAAAAAAUAUUUCCAAAGAUAAGUCUAAAAUAAGAAUGGUUGCCCUCUGAAAAGGUGCUCUUGAAGUUGCACGAUCUUCCAGAACAGGGCUCAGUGUAUACAAAGAAUUAAUAAUCUCCAUACUUAGGAACUGAACUUAAGGGUUGGUUUGCUUUGUCACCUUGUUAGAAGGUUGGGUCUUGAGGAGGAGAAGACUUAGUUGCAUAUAACAGUCUCUUUCUUUCCAUGUUCCUUAUUGUGAUGCGGACUAGAAAAGUGUUACCAUGCAAUUUUUAAACUCGCUGUGUUUGCAAGCUGAAGUGAUACUUGGCAUACAAUACAAGCAAAGUGUCCAUGAAACUUUACUGGUAGCCCAAUGGCCACACUAGACAAAACAAUAAACGUGUGAAUGCAUUUAACAAGUCUAUUUUUAAACUUAGGGUCGUGGGUUCAAGCGCCAUGAUGGGCAAAGAUUCCUGCAUUGCCAGGAAUUUAUUAUUUUGUUGACAGGGUUCAUUAGGUGAAUCCUGCCCACAGUGUUGCUGAGCUUUGGCUGUAAGGAGAUAUAUUUGGCCCGAGGGGGGGAGGAGCCUUCAGCACUUUGUAACCCCUCUUAGGAUGUGGAGAAUAAAGCAAUUGUUAUAGGCAUGUCAUGCCCAUCUUGAAAGUUUUCUGAAGUUGCAGUAGCAAAAUUAUUUCCCAGAAAUGCUGGGAAGAAGGAACCAAGGAAAGGCAGUGUUAAGUGUGGAAGCUGUACCAACCCUGGCUUAUCUCAUUCCAUCACUCUGGCCCCACUUGGCCUUUCUAUUUUAUUUUUUAUGUUACGUCCAGGUAUAAGAGCCCACCUAUAUAUUAUAUAUCACCUAUAGGAUCCCUGCCACAGAAAUCUAAGAUACAGAAGCUGUGAUAUUAAGUGGUGUAUAAACUAUUAAAACAAAUUCAUAAAAAAUAGCCUGCUUUCCUUAUCCCUUUUAUAACCAAAUAAUUCCUUUAGUCAUAUUUUACAUACCUCUAUACACACACACACAGAGCUGGGUUUAGGCAUGGGAUGAACAGACCAACGGACAUAUUUAAAGAGCAAACAUAUAUAUACUAAUUUAUUUUUUCAUAAUAUAAUGGGAUUAUUUGCCGCUUUAAUAUAAAAUAGAGCUUUUAUGUGCUUUGAAAUGCUUAUUAACUUGCCUUAAUUAUCUUACUUAAUCUAAAUAAAUAUGCAGUUGCCUUUAAUGUUCACCUAAAGUCUUCCCUCUGGUCAAGAGUCUCUUUACCCCCAGAUACCUUACAGGCUUCACUGAGGACUUUACCCAGGGCCAGGGCCUUGCUACUUUUAGGCAGCCUCUACUAAUGGACAAUGCGGCUUCAGCUCCUCUGGAGGAGUGAUGCUGGAGUAUGUCUUUCUUUUCCCUAAGACCUUCUCAGCUUUAACCUUCAGCUCUGUGUCUUGGUUUCUUCUCCCAAGUUUCAGCACAGCUCUGGCUGCUUCCUCUGGCAGGACAGAUAUUGCUCAGCACCAUCCUCUCUUCAUACUUGCUUUCAACCUCUUCUGAGUCUCUUCCUCAGUCCCUCUCAAAACGGUGCUGUUCUUGCCCUUCCAUUCUGUUCUGUCAGAAACUGCUAAUCAGUUACAAGGCUCUCUCUCUGCAUAUCGUUGAACCAGUGUGUUCAACUGGAAUAUCUUCUAAAUGACCUACCACAGCUUGACUUUCUAAAUUUUAAUGACCCUUAUAAAAGCUGAGUUCUGCUAGUUGUCAUAACAGAAAACCUCACAAGCCACAUCAUCACCUCUUUAGUACCAGCCUAGCUAUUUCUUGGCAAGCUGCCAUCUGAGAUACACCCCCCCCAUCUCCUGAGCUCCAGUUAGAAGUUGCCAGCUUUUCCUCCUCAUUCUGUUUGCUUACAAACUGAACAGUUUUUUAACAGAACAUUCUUAUAUUUAAAAUUCUCCACACUACGUUAAUUUCUUCUCACUGUACCUCUGAGCCCUUUGUACUCAAAGCUACAUCACAUUGACCCUCUCCAUGUCAUUUCAUUCCAGUCAUUCUCUGGUUCUAAGUGUGACAGAAAUGGAAAUGUUGUUGCAUGAAAAAAAAUGAAGAACUGGCUGUUAAAUAUAAGCUUUUGCUAAGAAAGAAUAGUAUUUGCUUUUUGCCUGGUGCAGUUUUUUUCAGUUUGUGACCAUCAGGUACUCCUAGAACUUCAAAGAACCAGAAAACAUACUUCAGAAUGCAGAAAGGAAACUUGUCACAUGUAGGGCUGGAGAUUGAAUAUGCAAUUAUCCCAAGUGCAUUUUGAAAAGUUCCUUACAGUGCAUUUUUUCUGAGGUUAGCAAGAUUGGGUUUGUAAAUCAUUUAGAUUACACUUUACAUGUGAGAAACCAUGUACUCCAUACAGUUGUGAGUUUACCUGUAACAUUGCAAGCACUGAUUUUAAAGUUGCAUCCAGCGCUCAGACAGUGAGAGAGACAAUGCUAUGGUGUCUAUUAGUGUUUUUAAUUUAAUGCGUAGAGAGCAAAUACAUCAUUGUUCUGUUAAUACUGACAAACUUGAAAGAAGAUGCAAGGUUUCUUUCUUUUAAAUGAAGAUCUGAGAUAAUUGCAUUUGUUUAAAUAAAGAACUUUAGGAGCAACUUUAAUUCUGUCCUCUUAGUGGCAGUGACUAGAAUUGCACGUCAUGUUAAACCAAACCAUGCUUAGUGUGAAUGUGUGCCAUCUGCCAGAGAGGAGAUCCCAGCUGCUUUGCUCCUUCCUGGUUGUUUUGCUUUUGUACUGAGCCAGUUUGUCUUAGCGUGUUAUCCAAAUCCAGGCUCAUGGUUUGGCUCUCUCAGACAAGCUACCAGCCAUAGAUCAUGGGACAAAUCUUGGUUACAGCUUGGGAUUAGUCUGGAGAGAUCUAAGCAAUGAGUGUGGAUUCGGACAACAUGCUAAGCUAAUCUAUGCAGCAGAACAACUGGGGAUCUCUUCUCUAGGAGCCUGCUCAUUUAUUCUAAACCAUGGUUUGUCUUCGUGUGACAUGCAAACCAGACUAGUGCCGCUGCGGUAGACUUAUCAUUAACUUGUACAUUGUAGCAUUGCAGACAGAAGGGCAAUGGAGUCCUUUUCAGCUAGCUGCUUCUCACAAACUUAAAAUUGUGUGGUGAACAGAAAGGCAGUUACUAUUUCUUUCUCUGCAUGUUGUUGAUAAUCAAAAUUUUCUGUUCCCUAGGCAGUCUGUUGUACUACUUUUAUAUAAAUAAACUUUUAGAAGCUCAUCCCUAAUAAUAAUAAUGAAAACAUUUCAGAAAUUUUGAGCAGUGUUUGAAUUAUAAACCCAUGAACCCAGUGAGACUUAAUUGUGAAAAUAUGUUUGGGGUUGAGGUACAGUGGAACAGAAACAUUUAUCAGAAUCAUAGAAUCUUAGAGUUGGAAGGGAGACAAGGGUCAUCUAGUCCAACCCCCUGCAAUGCAGAAAUCUCAGCUAAAGCAUCCAUGACAGAUGGCCAUCCAACCUCUGCUUAAAUACUUCCAAGGAAGGAGAGUCCACCACCUCAUGUGGGAGUCCGUUCCACUGUUGAACAGCUCUUACUGUUAGAAAGUUUUUUCCAAAUGUUUAGUCAGAAUCUUCUUUCUUGUAACUUGAAGCCAUUGACUCAAGUCCUACUUUCAAGAGCAGGAGAAAACAAGCAUGCACCCUCUUCCAUGUGGCAGCCCUUAAGAUAUUUGAAGAUGGCUGCCAUAUCUGCUCUCAGUCUCCUCUUCUCCAGGCUAAACAUACCCAGCUCCUUCAAGCGAUCCUCAUAAGGCUUAGUUUCCAGACUCUAGAUCAUCUUUGUUGCCUUCCUCUACAGAUGUUCUAGCUUGUCAACAACCUUCUUAAAUUCAGUGCAUCUUUCUUCUUGAGGAAAUGCAGCUGGUACGGUUGGUUGCUUUACUACCUUACACUGCCAAAUGAAGGGAUGUGGAAGUGAUGUCACACUAGCUACUUUGGGAGCACCCUUUCUUUCUCCCCUCUCAGAUGAGACAACUUGCCCCCACCAUCAGAACUAAGAGAGUUUUACUCAUCUUAUGUUCCUGUAAUGUUUAAUCUCUUAUAACACAGCAAUGUGUUUUAUGACUAAUGAUUUAGGAUCACAUACUGUUGAAAUUACUAUGUUGUAUGUGACUUGUCUAGCAGGCUCACAUUAAGUGUGGCUGUAGGAUGUUGGAGUCUUGUCUUGGAAACUUAGUUUUGCCAUAUAUUUAUGAGCAAUCUUGAGAGAGAUCAUAGAUAUAUCCAUGUGCAUUGGGUUUAGUUUUUAAGACAAACAGUAAAUGGCAGUAAAUGACUUGAUCCUGUCCCAGUGAUCAUUACAUUGUCCACAUUCAUGCAUCAUAGUACACCAUGGUUACUGGCUUACCAUGAACACACAGGUAGCUCCCACUUUGCUCCUUCUCUAACAAACCAGAAUCUCUGGCUUAGCUUUCUGUCCAACAUAUGGAUAGUGGUUUGUUGCCCUCCAGACAAGCCAUGAUGUUUAGCCAAGGUUUGUUCUUGUCUUAUCAAUCACAGUUUGUUUGAGCAAAGCAAGCCAUGAUCCUCUGUUUGGGGAAUCAUUAAGUGUGGUUUACUUUGACAUGUGAACAGAGCCAUUGCAUGCAUGAAUUCUUUCACCCUUACAGUUGAAUAUACUUGCUAAAAUUGUAUGUGGUAAAAGUGGAAGUGCUGAUAACUCUUUGCAUGUUUCAUUGAGGGGUUUUUAAUCCUACCAAGAGCUAUUUUUCUUCCUUGUGAGUUCAUCUAUUUUUCUUAGACAAAUACCUCAUAAAACUGGUGGUGGUUCUUACUUGUUUGGUGGACUAAGAUACAGAUUCACUAUAUGGACUUCCUUGCAGUAGAAAUUUCCAGUGUCAGAAUUUAUAAUUGCAGUUUGUGAAGUUAUAAAAUUGUUAUACCAAUAUUUGCUCCUACUGCUUCUCAGGGACACAGCAGGUCAGGAAAGAUUCAACAGCAUUACCUCAGCUUAUUACAGAAGUGCCAAGGGUAUUAUAUUGGUGUAUGAUAUCACGAAGAAGGAGACAUUUGAUGAUUUGCCAAAAUGGAUGAAAAUGAUUGACAAGGUAAGCUUUAAUCUCUCAAAAUAAGCAGUAGUGGUUUUGAACUUACAGUAAUAAAGUCAAAUGGCAUGGUGGCAGUACACUCCAGAGAAUUCAUUAUACUAGAUAUAUGGCCACUUUUCUAAACUCAUGAGUGUUGGUUAAUUGCAGUGCUUUGUGGUCUCUUAUUCAUUGCCAUCACCACAUACGUAGCUCAUCAAGCCACCUCUGUGUUGCUCUGUGCUUUAGAGCUCUAGACCUAAACACCAACUGGUAGCACAAAACUGUAAAUGGUAGCAGUGGGUGUGAGAGAGGGGCUGGCUUCUUGAACAAGAGUUAACACUAAAUCAGCAGUUGUGUUUCCUGCCUAAUAAUAUAUGAGAAUUGAAACAAAAAUGUUUGCCUCAACUGUGAAUUUGCCGUAUAGGAUACUAUAUACACCUUUAUGACCUGGCCUUUUGACACUUGAGGUUUAUAUUUUUAGCACCCACCCUAUUGUUGUGACUAAAUUGUUGUCAACUGUGUUUUGUUUUAUUUUAAAUUGCUGUGACUGACCCUGAGACCUUAUGUGAAUCCUGCCAAAUUUUUGAGUUAAAAUUGCUAUAUUCAGGUAGUAGAAACAAUGUAAACCAUUAUGGUCACCGUGCAACAUAAGGAUUAUAUUCAUUUCUAACAUUCAGCAGUAGUGUAGUGUUUGUUACAGGAGGUUGCACAGUCCAACAGUUCUCAAAUAAUCAAGAAGUUACUAAAUUGUACUGGUAGAGUGAAGCCUAAACUAAGGGGGAAAUGAUCAAGACUGCCUUAACAAGUAGCUUAACAGCCUAGAACUGUUAUGAAUGUAUUGACUGAAUAACUUCAUUUUGACCAAUGUGAAAUUUAAAAUCAAAAGGCCUAAGCUAGUGGAAACAUGCCAUUUUAUGCUUUGGUGUUUCUUCUUUCCACCCCCCAGUAUGCCUCAGAAGAUGCUGAGCUACUACUGGUUGGAAAUAAGUUAGACUGUGAAGUGGACAGAGAGAUCAGUCGGCAACAGGGAGAAAAAGUAGGUGAAGGUGAAACAAAAUUAACACACAUUGAUGAAAAUAGAAAAUUGCUUCUGUGGAAGUGUGAAUGGUGCAGAACCUUAACAUUACAUUCAUUUUGAUCUUAAUUUUAAUGUUGGGUAACUUCAUGCCUUGGAACCAUUUUACUAUAAUCUUAAUUCAUUUUCUUUAAAAGUUCAGAAGCACCACCAUCUCUCCUGACUUUUUGGGGAUUGCAGUGAGGAGGAAAGCAUGGGAAAAAUGCCUUCUGUUAACUUCUUUAUCUUUAAAUUGGCUUAUCUUCCUAUUUAUCAUAAGAUCCAAGUCAGAAUAUUUAAAUUAAUUCUCAAACUUAUUUUGCAUUUGUUCAUUGUUGUUUAAUUUCAUCCUAAUGUACUAGUAAAUAAACUGGAUCAUUUAAAUUAUUAUGGAACUAAAUAUACUUUUGAUCAAAUGAAAUUUCCUUGAGCCAGACUAAAAAUGUCAUGAUUUCUUAAUUUUUCCCAUCAGUUUGCACAGCAGAUAACUGGGAUGCGGUUUUGUGAAGCUAGUGCCAAGGAUAAUUUUAAUGUGGAUGAAAUAUUUCUGAAACUGGUUGAUGACAUUCUAAAAAAGGUAAAAUGCUUCCAUACUGCAAGUUAAUGGGAAUUAAAAUGUUGACUGUUUAAAGUACUGUGUUAAUUUUUCUUUGAAUAAAUUCAGUUUCUAGAGUGCACCUUUUGGGCUAUUUGCUACAACCAGUUUUUCAGCAGAAUACUUUGCAUUUCUUUCAUACGUACUUAAUACUCCUUUAAAUGGGAAUUGGUAUCAGUGUAAUAGCUCCAGUAAUUCUUUUUGCUUCAAUGAGGAAAUGAAGUUGUAUAGUUUGAUUUUAGCAUGAUGGGUUGUUUUGUUUCGUUGCUGUGAGGCCAGGAGUAAAGGACAAAAUUUCAUGCUACUGACCAAUAAGCUCACCAAAAUGUAGCAGGCACAAUCCAGAUAAAAUUUGAUGCUUUUAAGUUCCAUCAGUAAUGAUAGUUUGUUAAUAGGAAAAGUUGAUACUUGAUUUAGCAGAGCUGUAUGUGUUAAAAAUGAAUGAUGGAGCUUUAUGGGUAUUAUUUGCCCUAUUAAAGUAAUUAACGAUGAAUAUUAUGCCAGGAUCUGAAUUUAGGUCAUGUAAUGCUUAUAUUUCUAGGCUAUACCAUUGGACUGUGUUAGACUCUAUAAUAUUCUGUGCAGGACAUUGCUUACAACAGGAUUUUUUCCCCAUUUUAAGAUGCCUUUGGAUAUUAUAAGAAACGAAUUGUCCAACAGUAUCCUGUCCCUACAACCAGAGCCAGAAAUCCCACCAGAACUGCCGCCUCCAAGACCUCAUGUCCGUUGUUGCUGACCGGCUGCUUCAUCCAGUGUGCAAAUGAUAAGUGGGAGGAGGGAAAGGUGAAGGGGAGCAGGAAGCACCUGUCUGACUCUGCACUUACAAUCAUGUGGCAGUUCCUUGUUGCACUUUGAUUCAGAGUCAGAGCUAUACACUAAUUUGUAAAUAUGCAAGCCUGGGUAGGAUUCAGCUGUAGCUGGUUAAGUAUUGCCCUUCCCACAAGUGGUUUUUCACUCCUCUUUCCCAGUGCUAUAAAUAUUGUACAUUUGGCUGGGAAACGCAGCACUCCCAAACCUAGGAUGUAAGAAAUUAAAUCCAUACUUCACUUAUUCUGAACAUAAAUGUUGUAAUGGUCCUUGAUAUAAACAGAAUCUCUCCUAGUAUAUGGUGCUUUGCUAGCUUUUUCUAAGAUAAUUUUUAAAUUUUUGACUUUCUAAAGCUUUCUUAAGAAGCAUUGUUUCCCACUUACAAAUUCAAAAUAAAAGUGUUUACUGUAGCAUAUUAAAAUGACUGACAGCACAAUCCUGUAUAUGAUUGCUCAGAAGUGAGACCCACUGUGUUUAAGAGGGCUCACUCCCAGGUAAGUAUGCCUAGGAUUGUAGCCAGAGAAUGAAAUUUGCUAUACACAAACCAUUCAUUUCAAUGGGGCUUGUAUAUGUGGUUCUAUGCAAGCAUCAUUGAAAUGAAUGGAUUGUAUAGCAGCAGGAUUCAGUGCAUUGAGCCCUGAACACACAAUUGACAUUUCCGGCAAUUCUUUAUUAUUUAUUAUUUUUAAUGCUAGGUCAUUUGUGUGUAUGUAUGUGUGUGCGCGCGGAGGCACUAUAUUCUGUGCAGUUUAUAAAGAAUGAAUUGCCAACUUGCACAGUUAGUUUCCUCAAAUAUAAAUUAGCUAGCAAUCGGGUUCUGUAAGAUACAAAAAACAGAGAUAUAUUUGAAACCUAAAAUAGAUAUAUAUAUAAGGCAUUGCUGCUGUCCUAGACACAUUCUUUUUUUAAAUCAUUUUUAGGACAAGACAUUUCCUGUCUCAUAUAUAUGUAUUUGUCUGAACAAAUUGGGGAGACAUCUUUGUUACAAUAUACUCUUUUCUAAUAGGUGAGCUUAUUCCCAUCAAAUAUGCUGUACUAAAGGAUUUUUUUUAGUCUGAAUCAGUUUGUGAACCAUAUCUUUCUGGUAUAUCUUUUAUUAAAACUGCACUGUAUAGUUUAGCUGUGGUAAACCAGUAGCUACAUAUUGGAAUAACUUGAUGUGUCCUAAAUGUUGUUGUGGUAUUGAAAAGCAUUGUCGUUCUAAACUAAUGAUGUGCCAAUAAAAUUUUGUAUUUAUGAAUGACAAUGGAACUGCAUCUCUUAUUAGAAUGCCAAAAAUCAAAUGUUGGCCAAAAAGGACCAUUUUAGGAGAAAUUUUUUAAAAAGUGACUUUCUAGUUUAUAAAAACAGGACUGGAUGUGUUGACUUCUAGCAUAAUCCUAAGCAUGUUUAUUAGGAAGCAAAAGUUGCUUCCAGUAAAUGAUUAGUACUGUAGCCCCAGUCAAACUUGCAUCCUAUAUUGCCAGUAAGACUUGCUUUUUGAAAGUGUCUCAGCAGGCUGUAGCAAAACUAGUGAUGACUCAUGGAACAUAAAAUAAGAGUUACUGGCUCUCAAACUCCAAAUUGCCUCCUUUUUAUUUUUCAGUGCCUGAGCCUCUGUUCUAUAUACUAAGCAAUUAGUCUGACCAGCAGUGUGUUCCACUGGCUUUUCUGGCAUUUUGACCUCAGGUUUCAGGGAGGAACUAAGAAUGUUAAAUAAUUGGUUGCAGUUAAAUAUAUGAUAUUUCUACUGAUCUUGGUAUACCUCUUUGGAUCAUUUUAGUUUCAACUAAUAAAAGAUGCACAAUUGAAAUGUAUACUUAUUUCUGCUACCACAACGUGCCUAUACAAAUGUUAUUCUUCUCACACAAAAUAUCAUAGAGUACUGGCUGGGCAAAGUUUGCCAUUUUUGUAGCACUGGUAGGGCUUGUAAUAAUGCUGUGGGCAAUAACAGUGGAAAGGAACCUAUGGGACAGUAAGUUUAAACUUGACAAAUAUUUAGGUGAUUUUCCUGUAUUUAAAAGUCUGUUUUUUGCUUUCAGUUCUUGAAUAAAAAUGUAAGAAAACAAGUGUAGAUAAAUGCUUAUAUCUUAUCAGGAACUUGUACAUCCAAGCAAGGAGUUUGUUGAUCUGUUAUUAUUGGUUUUAGGUUACUUGAAAUGACUUUGAAAGAACUUGAGGGGGGGAUGACCUGAUUUCCACUGAAGUUACAUUUUCUCCUACUUAUGUCAAUUUGUGUCUUCUGACAUAUUAUAAAAAGUGACUUGUGUGCAAGCCUGAUCACACAGCCCUUUGUUUAUACAUAGAAAUUUCCCUAUAGAUACUCAAUGAAUAUUGCCAUUUUCUCCAGUUUAUAUUAAUUUCCUGUCCUAAAGAGGAAAAGGAUAUCACCUCCCAAGCGACAGCACAAUCCUCCUAAUAAUACUAAUAAUGCAUGUCUGUUUAGGAAUAAGCCUAACCGAGUUUGAUUGGAUUUUCUCCUAGACAAGUACAUAUAAGAUUGCAACUUAUAGGACCUAUAUUUAUAAUAGCUGAAACAAAAUAUUCAAAAACCAACCAUAGUGAUUCCAGUAUGAAGAGAAAUGCUUUCUUUCACAGUCAUUCUUGCCCAGAAUUAGACAUAGUGUUACACUAGAUUACUGUAUACCAAAAUGCAUCUAUUCCACAUUCCAGAAAUACUAGGAACACAAGAUACUUACUAAGUAGUGGGCUAUACAACUCCAAAAAGAACUUUUUUAAUACAAGUUGCAUCCUACUAAUACAAUUGUUUGUAUGCAGUUUUUAUAAAAACAGCCCAAUCUUAAGUGUUCCUUUUCUAGCAAAUUUCAUUUGUGGUAGCUGAGUGCUUUCCCUUCCUUAACUAGGUGUUAAUUGUACCUUGGAAUAACCUAAUUUGGCAGGAGAACUUCAGUGUAGAAGGGUUGGGUAGGGCACAUGUAAUUAUUACCUAAUGUUAUGUCUGAGGGAAUUUAGGUGCCACCUACAGAAAGAAGGUGGGGCCUGCCAUUUCAAGAGAUUUGUGUGAUUGCUAGUAACUGGUCAUGUGGGACAGUUAUUACCAAUAACAAACAUAUAAAUAGUUCCAGCACUUCGAUUUCUUUUCUAAAUUAUUACCUAUCUUUUUGCAAAAUACAUUGCUGUGAAAUGCUUCAAAGUUUGUGUAAGAUCUCCCAAUCCUGCUACAGCUUAGUUUUGGCUGAUUCUCACAAUAUUGAACACACAUGGAGGUAGCUUAAUUUGUAUACUAAGCUUGCUAUUUCAUUUCCAACACUUGUUUGAGGGUGCUAAAAAUGAACCAUGUAUUGUGGCCUGCUGGAUGUAUGCAAACUUUCUUGUUUCUGCAGUUCCAGGAAACAAAAGAGGCUUAUCAUACCUCUACCUGGCUAAGUUCGGCAUAGUGGGUAGUCAGAUGUGAGUCACUUGCAAAAAAACCCAUGGUGUCUGAACAUCUGACAAAAGAAUGGCUAUUCUCUGCUGGGUUUUUUGUCACUUUGAAACCUGAUAUUUAUUAAAUCACAGCUGUAAUUGUGAAAUACGUAAAAGUGCUGAAAAGUUGGGAGUAGGUUAUUAGAUUCAGUUGCUAUAUAUCAUGAUAAUGUUUUAGGAAAAGCCUUGGAUAUAAUGUGCAGUAACAGACAAGUGCCAUUAGGUGUCACUGGUGUACUUCAUAUAAAUAUAUAUUCACCAGAAGUGAAAUACAAGCUUUCUUAAACACAUUUUGGCUUCUCCACAAGGGAGAGAUCUUGGUUCAGAACACAGGCACACAAACACAUACAUUAAACUUUGUGGAAAUACACAAUAUAUAGUAUCUUCAAUAAGAAAACAAUACAUAACGAUAUAGAAUAUCUUUUUAAAACCCUAAACCAGGGGAAAAUAACAAACUGAAGUGUAUGAUGCCAAGGUCAAAGUGAAGUGUUGUCUUUGGCUUGCUUGUCUUCCGUCACCCAUGGUGGAAGCUGUGCCUCUUUGAAGAUGGAAUGUCACUGGACUGGGAGGUAAGUAAGCCAAGUUUAGCAGGAUACUGGGACGUUUGCUCACUGUGUCAGGAAACCUGUCCUUGGAGCCUGCCUGGAACAAACCAGGCAUGCCUCCCCUCAGCUAUGCCUCCAUAGGUGCAAUGAUUUUCAAAUAUGUUCAGGCUUUGUCAUUGUCAUUUGGAGUUUCCAAAAAGCAAAUUUCUACAAGGGCGUGGGGGAAGAGAAGUUAUUUACAUACAGGGAGCUGAUUGGCAUUAAGAGAUUGUGAACAGAAGGGUGAACUUGAAGAUAUGUAGGACUCAAAACUGUUUAGGGUGUUCUAGGUUGAAAUUGGUAUUGUGGAUUUUGCUUCAAAGGCACUAGAGGAUAUGAUGCAGACACUGGAGUACUUGAUUAAUGUGUUCUUUGUGAAAAGUCAUUAUCAGUAGAGGACAAUAUUUGUCAACCAUUCCGUGCCUGGAAGAAGCUCCAGAAGACACCACAUUGCAGACAUGAUGGCUUCAGCAGCACUGGAUUUAGUUCCCCCUCACAGAGCACUGAGCUGAGGGGGUGCAAAAUUGAGAAGAUCCAUUCGGGGGCACGCCAAAUUUUGGCCUUGCACAAGGCACCAUAUGAUGAAAGAUUACCAAUGUCUGCCCCUGAUACUACUACGACAUGGUCCUUCAUUUUAAAAAAAAAAGUGGGAGGAAGGGACUUGUCUAUUUGGUGCUUUACUGUGGCAGCAUCCUACUAAUAUAAACCAGAGACAGGAACUGGCAAAGGCCCAGCUUCAAG